CAAACGGAGGACAAUCGAUGGCAAACGGUGGACAGUCAAUGGCAAACAUUGGCAAACGGAGGACAGUCAAUGGAAAACGGGGGACAAUCAAUGCCAAACAUUGGCAAACGGAGGACAAUCGAUGGCAAACAUGGGCAAACAUUGGCAUACGGCGGAUGAUCGAUGACAACAUUUUUUUUUCAAAUGGUAUAUAACGAAGGGCUAAGUUCACUUCGGUUGUUCCAACCCCUCAGCCAAUAUUCUGAAAUGCGCCAUUUUUCGCGACUUUUGUGGGAAAAUCACCUGGCGAAAUAAACAUGGAUAGUGACCAAACGUACAGAAGGUUAAGCGAAUCUACAGCGAUAUUGUAUAAGCCAAAUGAAACAGCGGUUGAACCACAAGCAAAUGUAGCCUAAUGUAGGCAAAAAACGGGGCAAAGGUUUUAGCGUUGAGCGUCAAAGGUCGAGGGUAGAUGUACCUACACUCAACGGUUCCAGAUCCCAAGUGAACUUAUGAGCAGAGCAGAGAUGGUUGGCGUUUGCCAGAACCUAGUUCACGGCUUCUCCGUAGUUCGUCGCCAGCGAUGGCGUGGAGAAAACUCCCUUCAGUAUGUUCUAUGUCUAUGUUCGGUACUUGCGCUCCAGUCGGUUUCGGCCGCUCGGAGUCGACUCCAGCGCGUUGCUCGAGUGACUGGCCUGGAUUCGGCAGUGUGCAACGACAAGUUGCCAGGUACGGGAGUUCCGUAGGACCUCAUCUGACAGCUGCUUAUGUCAGGUCCUUAGUUAGGACUUAAGUGCGUUUGCAAUCGUGGAAAUGUGAGUUGGGUACGGUAAAGCGGGGUUGUUCAAUCGUACGCCCACGCCGGUCAGAGGAGAUAGAUCGAUAUGCGACGUUUCGAAGGUGGAAUAGGAUGGUGUUUGUUCGUUAUGGCGGAAUGCGGGAGUUAGUGGAAAUAUCUGUCGCGAUUUUUCCGCGCUUGAUAAUAAUAAUUUUAUCAACAAAGAUUUAAUGUUAUUAUUGCCAAGAAAAUUAUGAGACGGAAAAAGCUACCAUGAUUUACCCCAAGCUACGUUUGUUAGAGUUCAUAGAUUUUAAACUAUCGUUAAUUUUUGAACGAAAUUAAAAAAAAAUAAAUAAAUAGAAACGCGAUUGAUUGUUUAUGAGAGUUUAUAUAUAUAUUUGCCAGCGUAAAAUAUAUAAAAUAUAUAAAAAAGUAUACUAAAUUACGAAACUCUCACGUUUGUCUACAUUCAAAAUAUAUACACACAUUAGGUAUUCGCGUUUUAAUAUUCAUUGAUGAAAUCAGUUUAUCAAUUGUGAAUCAUUGGAAAGAGUAUAUAACUGUAUUAUUAUUUACUACACGGUAUACCUUUGAUGUUUUUACCAGUACAUAAUCGCUGACGAGUGUGCAAGAAGAUCGUUUUGCGUACACGUAUGCCAUAAACAGCAUUCUACGCUAGUGUUGUGCGGCGCGAACGACUACACUAUAGGUAUAGACUCGUUAGCAGAUUGAGGAGGUCGUGCCGUUCACAGCGUUCGGAUAUUCAAUCGAGCUACUACCUAAUUAUCCUUAAUUAAUUGUACGUGUAGAUAUAUUAUAUAAAAUGAAAGAACACGGUAGUAGCGGGUCUUCGUCGGAGAUGCCAAAGGCUCCGAAGUCGUUAAAGUCGUUGAAGUCGUUGCUGAAGAAGCCCGGACAGACAAAACCAAAGGGGCAGAAGAAUCGGGUGGUGAUAAACGAAAAGCUUAAUGAGUUCUUCGCAGCUGAUUACAUCAUUCUAAUAAAAGAAGAAUGUUGCGCGGACUACGAGGAAGAGUGCGACUGCUGUUGUCAAGAACAUGAAAUGAUAAGAUUGGGAAACUGCAAGGAGUGUAGAGCUGAAUUAAAUCUACAAUUCGCUGGUGGUGGUCGUCCAGUCGAAACCGAAACUGGAGGGGGGCAUGAACAGGUGUUUAGCGGCGCCGAGGGUAUUAACGUUCACCAAGGGGGUACCCCCAUGGAGGAUGGUUCGAGCCGAGGGUCGAUCGAGGGGGUUGUUACACCCCUCAGGAUCCAGCAGCAACAGCAGAAACAACACCAACAGCAGCAAGAAACGCUCAGCCCGCCGGAGGGAUACAAGGACGUUUGCGAGGAGGGGGAUAUGGAAGAGGUCGAGAACCAACAUCACCCUGUGUGCGCCGAAUGCAACUACUACCAUCAACAAACUACAGAAACAGAUGAACCGCCCAACGCAAAUGGUAUUGACAUUGACCUCAAAACUGUUGGUCCCGACGGCAAUCAACUCAAAGAUGAAGAAGCUGCACAGGAUACGAGCGAUCAGGCUCAACAAACAACGCCAGAUCUUCAUCAGCGUUAUCUCGUUGAGACGAUAACUAUGACUACGGUGACGGAGCGUCGUAUCGUCCGAGAGUUAGCUGGAGAUGAGGGGACUCAGAACAGCAGCAUCGACGAGGCCGAUAGCGGCGCUAAGAGGGUUUCGGGAAUCUUGAAGAACAAUAAACUAGCCAACAGCUCGCACACUUUUCCGGAGGCUAAGGACGACGGAGCCGUGCGUUUUGACGAGCUCGUAAAGCCUGACGGCGAAGAGAACACGGGAGGUAAAGUGGUCAACAAAGUUUCUGGAGUCGCCGACCUCGCUGAGAAAGAAACAUCGGAAGCUACCGAGCUAUCGCUUACGUUCAAACUUGGCAAUGUUUCACUCGUCUCGAAUAGUUUAAGGCCAAAUUCUGCGGUUAGACAGCUCUUCCCGGAUCCGAGAUUUAUUUCACCACCGCCAGCGCCGAACAAAGCUGUUUUGCCAAUCGGAAAUGAUGAGCUCCGAGACGAAGAGGAUGCGGAGGCUCAAAAGUUUUUGAUAACAACCGAAAGCUUGAGGCUUUUUGACGCUGUUAAAAGGUCUAAUCUGGCCGGUGUUCAGGGGGAGGCUGAGAACGAACCGACGACAAUCAGAAAGACGAUUGAACGUAACGCACUACGGAGAAGUCUGAUCUGCAAGUACGAACCUGGUGUUAAAAAGAAGAAUUUGCGAUCCAAAGAGUUCACCCUCGAAGAAAGAAUAAGACAGUUGACCUGCUUGGACCUUGAUGAUCGGGACACUGAGAGCAGCGCUUCUGAAAAUACAACCACUGGGGAUAGCAGUGAUUAUCUUGACUUUCCUGUCCGGACUUCACCCUCGGGCGAGGAGGCAAAAAGCGACACGAGCAUCCGUAGCGUCACCGCGAGUUCGGUUACGGCUACAGUUACCACGGUGUCUAACCCUCAGGAUUUCAACCAACCGAAUUCCUUCCCUCAAGGCAAUCAGCAGCAUCAGUCUACUUACAAGAAAAUCACAGAUUUGUUUGCGCAGAAAAAAAGUGAAGUGCUCGCGGAACCCGCAAGGAAUUUACCCGACCUUGGAAUUGGAAAUAAGUUGGCGCAGGGCAAGGAUCGGUACCCGGUUAAGACACCCGUCGCUAAAAUGAACUCAGACGCUCGUAAACAGUUUUUAGCCAGUCUGGCUCCCCUUUCAUGCGUCGCAGCUACGGGAAUCGAUAACCGGGAAGAUUACUACCAGCUUUCCUCGGCUAAAAUGACAUCGACGAACAGCCGCGAUUCCGUUGGUUAUAACUCUGACUCGUCUUACAGUUUAGAAGACAUAGAAGCCGCUCUGAGGGGGGAAGAAAGAAAUUACAGAAACGCAGGGCCUCCGGAUGUCACCCGAGGUACGCCAACGAGCGUUACCGGGGAUGAAGACUCUGCAACCGAUGAACUGCUCGCUUUUGUUGAACAAGAUAAAACAAGAACCGAAAGAAUCAAGAAGCGUUACAACGACACCGAAGACCAGCAAGACCCGGAAGACGACGACGACGAGUUCAACGAUUACGGUUUUAAUCGGCGUCCUUCUGUACGUGGUAUCAAGCCGAUGUUUGGUUCUACGAACGAAAUUUUACGUCAACUUCAGUCUAGAAGUGUCGCUCCGAGCGCCCUGAUAGAGGCAGGAAAAGCCGGCUCUCACUUAUCCUGGCCCUCUUACUACGAGAAUGAAAAUGAUAAGUCGAGGCUAUUCGCCGAAGAAGAAGACGAAACUUAUCAGACUAUCAACGAUAGCCGGGAAAGCAAUACGAUAAAUAGAAUAAAUACGAUGCAGAGGCAGAUCGAUGACAUUUAUCAAACCAUCGCCGAAACCGCAGCUAGCGUUCAGGGUACACUGAAUCGCGGUUCCUAUCUGGAAAGCACUCUUCCGAGAUCAUUGAUACGCGUACCUGCAACUAAUGGAGAUUGUAACCAACGUUAUAACGGUGUAGAACCGCAGAAAAACGGAAUUCGUGUUCCUGAACAGCACCCGGUCGGUGCAAGGAUGCUGCGCAUCGCCGGGGGCGGAGACCCGGUACAAGGAAAUCUGUACCAUACUCUUCCGGCGAAGUCUCGUAGACAUCCUGUUGGUUACCAGUGCGAAGUUGGACCUGCGGCACCACCACCUGAGGCGAAGUGUUAUCGGACUAUGUAUUUACUACCGUACAACGGAAUGUCCGAUCCCACCUACCAGAAUAUUCAGAGAAUUUUGCCGCCGCAUGUCUCAGCAAACUACGCCGAUCAUGUGGAACGCUAUCCUUACCCUAGAAACAUCAGAAAACAGGACCAACCAAUUCGCUACUACGCUAGACCCCUUUCAAGCACAACGGCAUCUCUCUACUCCCAGUCAGCUCUCCAUCUUCAUCUGCAUCAGCCCCUUCAAGAAGAAAUGCGGGUGCCAAAUACCUUGCCGUUACAUCACGGCAUGCACGGCUUACAAGUACAACCGCAUCACCAUCAUCAGCAACAACAACAACAACAACAACAGCAGCAACAGCAACAGCCACAGCAACAGCAACAGCAACAACAACAACAACAACCCCCGGCGUACAGUGUGCAGCCUAUAUCUUACCCGACUACGACCCCUAUGAGAGGUACUGGUCCUGGUGGAGGAUACGGUUACCAGUUGCAUCUUGGUCGCGGUGCGGCUGAUGUUCAGACGCAAACUAUGAGCGUUGUUCCGACGUCAUCGACCUCGUCAUCAAUCUCGUCGCCGCCAAUGUGCAUUUAUAAUAACGCUGGAAUACCUGGUAAUCCCAUGGGAAAUACGGUACUAUCUUCACCGACAAAAAUGCAACUACAACAAAGAGCCAUUUGCACGGUUGCGGAACGUGGAGUACCGGAGGGUGCGGCUAGCGCACCUUCACAUGAUUUCUUGCAGUCUUCUAACCAACCGCAGAUUCAUGUUCAAAGUCCGCUCACCGUUGGACACCAGAACAAUGGACCACCACCCAACACCCAGAACUCCGUUUAUUACGCGAUGAACGUGUAAAGAUUCCUUUACAUGCGGCAACAAGAAAUAAUAUUUUUGGCUACGUCCAGUCUCGCGCCCUUCUCGUCUAUGUGGAUAUCGCUGUUGAUGAACGGGAUCUGAGAGACGAAGGGUUUUUAACUCGAGCGAAAGAUUCUGACGGAUCUUGAUUACCUCCUGUCGAACAAAUGUGUUACGAUGAGACUAAUUGCCCCUAAUACUGUUGAAUUACUGGGUAAUUUGAAGGUAGGUACUUACGUACCUCAUAAAAAUUAUAAUCAUUAUAAUCAAUUUGAAUACCUGCAGCCCAAACCAAACCGAUUCAAAAUAAUAUACAAAAUAUCAAGAAAUAAAAAAUGAAAAGUAAAAAAAAUUAUUACAGAAAAAAAGAAUUAAUCAAAAUUUCCAUUGACUGCGCGAUGAACGCUACAGUCACCGAUGGUUUAGUAAUAGCGUUAUACAUUUACGGGAAUAAAAUUAUUCGACAGAAUAGUAUUUUUCAUUAUUUAGGUAGUAUGAGAGUGAGAAAGAAUGAGGAUUUUAUUAGUUUGAAAAAACACGCCGGGCUGCGUGCUUAAUCAUAUGAAUUUUAAGAAUUGAGUUAUAUUGUGUUUGUCAUCUGCAGUGUCAUACUGACAAUGAGAUAUGAGGAGUACGGGUACGUAGAAAUUACUCCGUGAAAUCUUUUAAAAAGUACGCCAGAGGAAGGAUGAAUGAAUUAGAAGGGCAGCUAUAUUGCAUACAUAGAAGUACAAUUUGUUAAUUCGGUCUAGACUCUAGAUGAUACAAACAUCAGCGCAAAGUGUAUUGCACCGUGCCAAAAACAAGGUUUCGACAUUCCAUCCUGAUUAAAUUCUCUAAUUAUGCGACGUCUGUAGUAAUUUCAGAAAUAGGGGUAGGUGGGGCAAAAUGGGGUACGCCAAAAAUUGGGUAAUGUUUUUUUUUUCAAAUGAUCGAAAAGGACUUCAAACAUCAUUUUGUAUUUAAAUUUUUAUUUUUUUUGCUUAUGGCAACUGAAAAUCUUUCUCAUUUACUGCAAAUACGAAUGAGAGAAAAAAAGUUUCAUCGUAUUUAAGAUUCACAAAGCUCGGGCUUCCCUUAAGUACCCCGUUUUUCCUCGGCUACCCCUACACUUAGGGAUCUGAAUUUCAGAAUCAUCCUAAAACUCAUUACAAUUCUAAAUUUAUUUAUAUAUUUUAUGGAAAUAAGAAUUUGCUCGAAUUUCGAAAAAUAUUAUCUGAAAAGUUUUCAGCUUUUCAAGUCCAUCUUUUAAAUUCCGUGUAACUUAUAAAUGUUCAUACAACCAUGUCUCGUUAACCGAAUCGACGAACCCCAUUAAUUUGUCACAUCGAGCGCAAUGCGGAAUCAUUUGCGGUACUUAAAAAUAAAUUUACUGUAUCAACUCUAUAUCAUAUACACGUACAGUCAAUAGUUUAGUUUGGUAAUCACGAAAACAUGCGAUUCGAGUCUUAUUUAUAUUUACAAUCACCAAAAAUACUAAAUUAUCUUUUUUUAUCCGCGCGUCAUAUGCAACAUAUUCGCCUAACGAAGCCUAUAUUUCACCAGAAUUUUAUAUAAAUACCAGAAAAAAAUGUCAAGCUCUUGCUGACAUCGAUCUGAAAACCAAAGAAUAUAGUAAACCGAAUAAAUUAUUUAUUCAUAUUUUUGGCAGCUUAAGUAGUUACGUAAUACAGAAUCUCUGUUCUUUAUUAAUGGUUUAAAUAGAAAGAAGAGAAAAAAAAAAUGUAUGCCACGCUCACCUGUGCAGUGUUUAGAUUUCAGCUAUGAUCUCGUCGGUUUAUCCGAAACCGUUUCCAGGUCAUCAUGAUCAAAUUGCAGCUUCUCGUGUAUCAAUAAUGCUCGUGUUUCACGAGAAUUGGAAAUUACUUAUAUUUACACACAGGUAUGUUAGGUAUACAUAUAUACAAACACCGCAGGGUUAAUUAUCGUAAAAAUUGCUGCAACAUCAUAAUAUACAUAUAUUUUGUUCCAUACUCGCAUAGCAUGUGAAACGCGAAUUUCCAUCGAUAUUAUAACCGAGGUUCCAUUACAAAAGCUUGAAUUAUCUGUUAAAUCGUAUCGGGAAUAUUGAACCACGCUAAACUUUCACAGUAAUAAUUAUCGUGGGAGAUAAAUUAAGAACAAAAUAAACGAAAAAAAAGAAUUUUUCUCUCAAUUCUGCUUAGAAUUGAUUUGUCGGUUAUUACCUAUAUGACGAAUCGAGAUAAAUUACGGACAUACUAUAAUCAGAAGUAUGACGAUGAUAAAAAGAAUUUCCGUAUUUCUCUGCAGCUCUAAAAUCAGUGUAUCCCUGUGUCUCGUAUGUAGAUACAUACAUAGGUAGGUCCUCACAUACCUAUUUAUAAGUUUCAUAUUUCCCGACUAUAUACAUUGCAGGAUGAAUAAAAUAUGCUGACGAUAAUUAUACAUACUCAUGUAAAAUGCCAGUUCUCCGUACAAGUAGGACCUAUAUGCGCAGGGUAAAAGAAAAAGGACGGUCUAAUUAAGAAAAUAGUAACCAAAGUUAUUAUUAUUAUCACUAUUAUUAUCUCCAUUAUCGUUAUUAUUAUUACUAUUACUAUUACUAUUACUAUUAUUAUUAUUAAUGUUGACGUUACGUUAACUUGAUUUCAUUUAUUAUCAAUCCUCGUUACAACUUUCAUCGCGAUUAUCAUUAAUUUUAGGAUAAUAUUCAAUUAAGUAUUAUUGUGAUUUAUGAUUUACUAAUUUAUAUUUUGAAAGAUAUAAUAAUCCGUACUAGAAGAUAUUGUUGUAUACAAUAUACAUGCAAAUAGCUAUUAGAUUGACGAUAUAUGACGUAUGUGGAUACAUAUCAGACAUAUAGAAAAAUAUGCAUGUAGGGAACACUAGACCGAGAAAAGAAUCACAGACACACCCACCCACACACGCACGCAGUGUAGAACGAGAACUUGAUAUUAUUAGAUAUUUUAUAAUUAAUUAUUUUUCGCAUACGACAUAUAAAGAUAUUAUAUAAAACACAAUGCAUACUUAUUUUUUAUCAUUACUUUAGUUAUACUAUACCUACGUAUACCUAUUAUAGGGUCGUUUUAAAAAUCUAUAUAUCUUAGAAGUUAUAUUUUCAAUGUAUAUUUAUUUAUUUAUAGUGAUUAUAUAAGAUCUACGAAAUUAUAUGAUGUACAUUAUACCGCAUGUAGAAAUAACGCAAAUCAGAAACGGAAACAACCAACAAAAAACCAGGCAAAAACCACAUAAAUAUGAUAUUGAAUUUGGAAUUGAUAAGAGAACUUCAUUUUCAGAAGACGGUUAUUAUGAAAAAAAAGGAAUAAAUAAAAGCGAAAAAAGACCGGGGGCCGGUGCACUAGAUAAAUAUAUUAUACAUAAUACGCGUAUGAUUCCAUAUGUACCAAAAUAGAAAAUGGCAGUUAACUCUUAUAUUAUCUCAAGUCACCAUUCUUAGACAAUUUAGUAUUCUACAUCUAGCCGAGUAAUUAGUUUUGAAUAGAGUUAUCUAUCACUACAUAAAUUGUAUUUCGAGAGUAUGAAAAAAAUGUUUAUAUUUAUACUGAUGUCAAUGCAAUUUUUAAUGCCGCUUGGCAAGAAUUUGAACGCAUAGAUAAAUGUCAUUUUAUAAAAAAGUUUAAAAACGAAAAAAAUGAGGACCUGAAACAAGAGGAAUUUCUGAACUAACUGAAGACUGCAAUAAUCAUCACACUGGCCUACUAUAUAUAAUUAAUGACACUAUCGCAGGUAUUUGUACAUGUAAUACCGAAAUCAUUACACCUUGUAUAGGCAUAGAAACACAUAUUGAUAUUAUCCCCAAGAAGAAACAAAUCAAUCAUUAUUCUAUGUAAAAUUUAUUUGACAUUUGCUUCUUUUCUGUUGUCCCAAGUUACCUUUAUUUAAUUUAUUAUACUCAAACAUCAUUCCAAAGAUUCACACAUGGAUUAAAUCUAUAAUGUAAUAAUUAUACUACAAAACCUAAACCCAUAUAUUUCUAAUAGUAUCCCAAUUGUGGUACCUAAUAAAAUAUAAUCGUUGUUGUUUAUUGAA